AAAAAAGAAAACAAAAUGGGAAUAAUGAACAAAUGCAAUAAUCUUUUGUCAUCAUUCUAUAAACAAAUAAAGUCGCCCUCUUCCGUCUCGAAAUCCCGUCAGCCACCGCAGAUUAUUCCAUCUUCCCGUACGCCGCCGUCACCACCACCGUCACCGUCGCCGCCGAUCAAUCGAACAAUGGGCGGAGCAUCUCAAGCUUUGAAACACAUCCCCCGGAUCAAGUUUCCUCAGCGUCAUCCCAAACCUUCUUCUUCUUCUGGUUCUGUGACUCAGACCAAAGCAACACCUGCUACCAAUGAGGUACCUUCCACAUUUUUUUCUAGGUCUGCCCCAUCUGAAAAAACUUUAGGGGGGAAAGCUUCUCUUCAACCCAAAAGAACACCGAUGACUCAAGAAGAGAUUGAUGCUAUUAUGUUGGGAGGCUGCUUAUGAAUUUGACGAAGAUUUCAUGAAAGAGAAGACCUCACAAGACCUAUCUUUUUUUCUUGUUUCCAAACUUUUGUCCAUAAAUAUGUGGUUGAAUCUGAAUUCAACAUUCCAUAUGCUUAGAGAUGUUUGCAUUCUUGAUAAUUGUAAUGACACCAGCCACUGUAAGCAACACAUGGGCUUAUUUUGCUGAUUCUUCUGACUUUGACGGUUUCAAAACAUUAAACCGGAUAUGGUUUGAUUUGAUGUAUUUGCUCAUUGUAUUGGCCUGGAAAUAGUUUACAUAUAGUGUUUGUCAAA